AUGGAAUUGUAUGCCGAAAUUUCGCGUCUUGCCCUCACGAGAGACGAAAAAACGACCUUACGUACAUAUUUUACCAAAAAUAUUACUCACAAGGCAGAAGCUAUUGGUAUUUUGUCAUGGUGCGAGGACGAUGAUGCCAGAGUCCAAUAUCUAAA